CAGUCGAUGUCCAGGGUGCCCACGGUGCCAAUCGAGUAGGUGCCUUCCUUUUUGUAGUGGAAUUUCCCAGUGCUGCGGUGCAGCAAAAUUGUGUGCAGCAAAGACAACAUUGCUUCCUCAACCUGUCUUGCCUCCACCGUAACUUCAAGAAGCUCGGAUCGACAAUUCAUUUCCAAGCCCGCUGUCAACCGAUUAACGGCAAUAACUCGAAGAUGGUGGUGGUGAUGGCGUCUGUUUACAAGCUAGUUAGCCACUGCUCAACGCGUCUGGUGUAGCCGCAAAGGACAUGCGGGUCCAACCAUUUGCGUAGUAGUAUUUCAGGGAUGAAACGUGUGUUGUGUGAAGACACCUAUCCCUAAAUUUUACAAUGUAAAUCGUUGUGUUUGUCUAGGACUGGUGUGUUACUAGCCGCAAGCUAGCUGGCUAAAUGUUUGCUUCAAAUGGGACCGGAAGGAGCAGUGAUUACGUCAGUGGUACAUUCUACGGCAAGUCCCGCAGUCCAAACACACCGGACAAUAAACAGCCACAACAAAUGUACAUAAAACUUAGUUAUAACGAUUCCGUAGACACCCGAUAGUGAGCUGAAGAGGUAACGACUCAGACUGUCACAAUCGUAUUUAGAAGUUUGUAGGUUAUCAUACGUACAAAAAAACAAUCGUUGAACUGUAUCUCGCGGUGCAUUGUGGGAGUUACAGUUUGUGCCACAUAUCCUCUUCAGAAGAGUAACUUCUCGUACAUUUGACUGCACAUACAAACAUAGUCCAGCGGCGCACUUUUCAUUUUUUCGCCAUGUUUUCCCGGGAACCUUCUUUCAAAAUUGGAAAUUAUCUGGCAACUACGAACCGCGGGCUUCCGAUACAAUUCCUUUUUGGGGGAACUUUGUGAGCUCCCGCUGCCAGUGAGCUGGUUACGCGAGCCUCAGCAGGGAUUAGCCAAAUAAGCUAACGAACGAUUUGAAUGAAGGUGUAUUAUUAUGCAGCCGAGUCUCACAAACUACCUUUAGAUUUUCCGCAACUGUUCUGAAGAGCUGUCGUAAAUUAAAGUUGGACAAUUGUACACGGACUGAUGUAGCUUCUGGGGGCAACAUGGGCAAGGCGCAUCAUUUGUUUGGGGGGUUGAGGGCAUUGUGGUCAUUAGUUAAGACGAGUAAUUGUCUCAAUUGAUUUAUUUUAAUUAUAUGGGUAAAUCGAGACUCUGAGGAUGCCAGGAACAUUCUUACUGGAGUACUAGUAGUCUUUGCUUUCUUCGUCAAAACAUGUCCGACGCGCAAAGUUCCAGUUCAUAUUUUGGUCUGGAUGAUCUACAGUGGCUAUGUAUGGUCACACUUUUUAUCGCAUCCCUGGUUACCCUGAUACUGUAUUUCGCACAGUAUUUCCAACUAAGGGCAGCAGGAUCGGAGAAGACGGUAGCAGAGGACAAUGCGGCGAAGGAGGAAGCCGCCUCUCUGCUGGGAUGGGCGCUGUCACUGAAUAGCUGGAAAAGUCAGUGGAGGGGAGCAUGGUGCAAAGCUUUGAAUGCACAAGCGAGGGAGAUAUUUGGGAGUCCAUGUCUUUUGACGUUUGAUGAAAAUGAUCUUGAAGCAUCAGAGUUUGUCGUCCGACAAGUGUUCCCCUGUGAGAUGUCUGGCGGACAUAAGGCUGCCUGCUGCAGCGUGGUCAGUGACAAGCUUCAGUUUACUCUCUACGCCUCCACAGCCACAUCGUCAUCUGCUGAUCCUUGUAAAUAUGCAGUCUGCAUAUCACCACUGGAGCUGCAGCUUGAUUUACUGAUGCGGGAAGCUGACGAUGAGGUCAAAGUGAGCUGGGGGGUUUCUCACCUGAAGAUGGGCGUGCUGCAGGUGACACCCAGUUCAUCCCAGGACAAUGUCAGCACUUCCUGCAUGGCGGCGGUGAGAGAGGAGUUGAAGCGAGUGCUGUGCGCGGCUCGUCCCUCCGUUUUACUGAGCUGCAAGCCUGCACAGGUCUCGGAGGUCAAGGAAACCUGCAAUAGAGUGUUUUCACCCCCCAAACCUCCUCGCGCCCACGACUGGAAGCUGCUGGUGAAAAACAUCCGUGUGGAGCUCAAUCUACAGGAAGAUGUUGCAGGCAGCAUCAACCCUGUGUGCGUCCUGCAGUUAGAUGACCCUCCGCAGAAGUUUAACACGUCUGUUUUGAAGAACACAGCCAGUCCUGCCUGGGACCAUCCUUUUGUUUUUGAACUGAAUGGACGAUCCAAAGAGCUCAUUAUCCAGUUGAUGAAUGAUGGUAAUCCGCAAGAGGAUAGCCUUCUGGGCCAGGUGUCGGUGCCUUUUGACCUUGUUAAGAAGCAGCCCAAGGGCCAGCAAACAUUUUCCCUCAUGACCAAAGAUGCUGCGACUGGAUCACUUACUACUGAUUUUACCUACUUGGACCCAAAUGAGGUGCGGUCCUGGCAGCCCCCGACCCCGGCCUCCACCAAGCGGGUGGAGAUGGACCGUACUGUCAUGCCCUGUGGCACAGUGGUCACCACCAUCACUGCAGUCAAGAGCAAACCGGGUCGACCACUCCCCCCUGGACUCAGCAUAGAUUCUUCACAAAAAGCACUGGCCAGCAAGCCCAAGCUUUCGGAGCGACGUGUUUCGGAGCAGACGUCUACGCUGGGAGCGACAGUCAGCAAGGUCUUGUCUUCGUCAGACACCGAGUUACUGAUGCUUAACGGCACCGACCCAGUGGCUGAGGCCGCCAUCAAACAACUCCACCAGUCUGCCAAGCAGAAGCUCAGGUCACCAGUGAAGAAGAGUACCAUCAUCAUCUCUGGGAUUACAAAAACACCGCUGUCUCAGGACGAUGAGCUGGCUCUGAUGGCAGGCUACGCUGCUGCGAUGGAUGCCUCGAUGUCGAAUGGCAGCUCCACUCAGGACGUGACCACAGCGAUCGUGUCAGGGACCAGCAGCCCCCCAGAGGUGUCUGAACACGAGGAAGGGGCCAGUGGAUUGGGAUGUCCCCCUGAAGACUGGGAGAGUCACACCGGAGAGGACUUGAACCAUACCUCACUCUCCAUGUGUGUAUCAGAGGUCAGCUGCAAAAAGAGAAGAGGCAGUUUCCUACAGAAGAGCGCCAAGCUCUUCUUCCGGCGGCGACACCAGCGCAAGGACCCCGGGAUGAGCCAGUCGCACAAUGACUUAGUUUACCUGGAAUCUCCUGCCGUCGUGGAGCGGGCCAGCAAAACCGCCACGCUUAGCCGCAUGCUGAGCCGCAAGAGUAAGAGCAAAGCCAACGGCUCUACCUCCAAUGGACAACCAAAUGUGUGAUACUUCCACAACUACCACCUCAAAUAUGCUCUGUGGCUGACCUGCAGUCUAUAGACAAUAAUAACUCCGCAGGGUAUGAUGGGUCUUUUAUUGCGCAUGAGUGGGUAUAUGACUUCAUGGUAUUUCAGAGGAUUUUAUUUUGCAUGUCUCCUCAGUUUGGUUUGAUGCAGCAUUUUAAAAGUGGCCUUGAUCCAGACUCGUGUGGUCCUGCAUCUUUACCUCUCUGAUGUUGAGUGUAAAGGGUAAACCAUCCUUGCUGUGAACCAUCGCUUUCCUACGGUGGAUCAACAGGACCAAAGAUGAAGAGAAGAGUGGUAUUUGUAUGGUUUGCACAAUUUCAGUACCUUUUUCUAUUUCCAGUGCAAUGACAGGAGCUGCUCGUGUGAUAGAGACUCUUCUGUUGUUCCAAAUAUUCAGAAAGGGAGAUAAUAUGACUACUUCUGGACAUGAACAAUUUGAAUUAUGAUAUUUAAACAACCGUGUUUAAUACUUUGUUUUAUUUCCUUCAAGAACAAUACAUGAGAUGUGUGUGUGUGUGUGUGUGUGUGUGUGUGUGUGUGUGUGUGUGUGUGUGUGUUUGAUAUGCACGUACAGUAAGAAUAUCAACAGCCAUGCUGAAUGAAUGAUAAUGAAAUGCAUUAUUAACAAAAAGUGUGUCAGAGAUAUCAAAGAUAGAGACACUGUGGAUAAUGUGAGACUUUUAACAAUGUGUGUGUUUGGAAAUUGUAUGCAGCUUUCAUCUAAGUCUUCCUCAAAGAUGUUUCAAUGACCCUUGUUGACCUUUGUCACAAUUAGUCACGCGUGUUGUGUUUUGCACAAAAUAGUUGACUCUUCAGUUCUUCUGAUUCGUGUAUGUAACAUUGCAUUGUUUUUAUUAUCAUGUGGCUUUGAACACGCGUGAACAUACUCGAAAAAAAAUCCAGCUGGUGAUUGUAGUUUGUUGCCGGCACAACUACUGUACCUUCUGUUUCUUCAUUCUGCAUUACUACUAUGGGAUGAUGUAAAACAGUGACAUGUAGUGCUAAGAUUGCCUUACAGUAGUUCUGUACCUGCUGCCACAUGUGCUCUAGCCAGCUUUCGGGUCCACUGUCAGCGCACCAAAGGAACAGCUGAGAAAAUCUGCUUUCCUACACCACCCAAAUGCCUCACCUGAACGCCUGUACACGUAAGAAAACUGCUAUUUCAGCGUUUACACUAUUGGACAUACUUGGGAAAUCAUUUGCUGCUCAUGACGACACUCCUCUGCAGAUACACCCUGGAGGGGACUUCUUUGGACCCCCCCCAUUUACAGGCUCUUCUCUACCAUCACUGACUGAUGUUUAUUGACAAUAAUAGGCUGUUAAGAAGUUUGCUCAGUUUGCAGUAAGGCAUAUUUACACUGUGCUACUCUAAAGUAUUCAGUAAACUAAAGGGCUAUUGAAGGUUUUUUUUGUUCUUGUUGGCUUUUUUAGCACAGAAACAUUACAGGAUUUACUUGAAGUAUUGACAGUGUCACGUCAUUUAAUUUUAAGCAAUAACUACUGAGAUUGUGGCACGAAUUUUUUUGUUCUUUUAUUUUUGACAGCUGGGUAAUUCUUACAAUUUGUUUCAUGAAACAUGGUAACCUAGAGCCAAUGAUCUACUGUCA